AUCUGAAGGUCACUGCGUUCAGCUGACUGUCGAAAUGCCGAUGUAUGAAGUACUCUCUAGACAGGCGACGUGCCCAACGUGUUCAGGGGCAGGAUAUGUACCGAAAGAUUCAAAGGCAGAAUAUGUGGCCUUAAUUCCUUUAACGGACAGACGACUACGACCACGCAGAAUGUGCCUCAAGUUAUUCGGCGCCGUGGUAGUAUGCUCUUUAACUUUUGUCCUCCUUUUGAUAUUCCUUUUCCCACGAACAAUCUCUAUUAGCAGCUCAGUAUACAAACUAUCACCGAUAACUGCUAUUGUUAACAAUGAAAAUUCUGUGAUAUAUCUCACUGUGAAUAACCAAAUCAACGUUUCAAACCCAAACUUUGUCCCGGUAACAGUUAACAAAAUCACUGUAUCUCCGAAAUAUCGUUCGGUUGACUUACAAGAAACCGUCUCCAAUACCACCUGGACAACACCACUUCGUUCAAAAACCUUAUUAAACGUAACGACAAUGUUAUACUUUGAGCACAAGCAUUUCGAUGUAAUUAAACUGUGUCUUAUGAAGCUGGAAUACUUUCAUGAUAUAUAUGUAACUUUUACAUUUCACGUGAGUUACACAUUAUUAUGGCAAAACUUUGAUGCAUAUCUCACAAUUAUGCCAUUGGUUGAUUGUUAUCCAACCAAUAGGAAUGCAUCUAGCAUGACCUUGAUGUGAUUGGCUGUGCGAAUAUUUGUUUACUUAUCAUCAUCAUAUCAUCAUCAUCGUGGUAAACAACAUCAACAUGCAAAUCACAUGAUUUCUUAUCAUUUCACGAUACUUUACUACUAUUCAUCUUUUAUGAAUUGAUAUUUUCUUUAUUUUUGUAUACAGAUUGAUUUUUAACUUUACAUUAAUAUUACUUGUGUUCUAAUGAUUUUGACUACUACUUUGUUAUUGCCUAUAUGAUAUUUGAAUGAAGUGAAAUUAGAAUUCGGGGUUGUAUAGUGAUGAGAUAUUUAUAAAAAUGAUUAAUCUUAUGCACUGAACCUUCUGAAUUCCUUCUUUGGCUCAGUUUUCCAUUUUAACUUCAAAUCAUGUAUCCCCCCCCCACCCCACCCCAAUUUAUAUAAAUAUACGAUCAAAUUAUAUGCCUUCUUCAACUGAAAGCGAAUCAGUUAGUGAUCACAGCAGCAAGCUCAUCAUCCCCAAUUAUACUAGUGAUAUUUUUCAUUUACUUUUUUUUAAAAUUAUUAUUAUUCCAACGUUUCUUUUUUUUAAAAAAAAUCUUGCAUUUCAUAUUUGUGGAUGAGUAU